AUGUUUGCGGAUGCCUUCAAGGCGGAGGCCGCUCCGGCCGGCGCGUCUGCGUCGUCUGCCGCGUCUGCGGUGUCUGCGGCGUCUGCGCCCACUGCCUCUGCGGGGCCUCGCUCUGCGUUGGUCGUGGUGAUCAUCGGCAUGGCUGGUAGCGGGAAGACGACGUUUGUGACGGGGUUGCAGCGGCAUUUGCGAGAAGUGUGCGGCAAGCGCGUGUAUACGUUGAAUCUGGAUCCGGCGGUCGUGUCGCUGGCGUACGCGCCCAACAUCGACAUCCGCGACACGGUAGACUACAAGAAGGUGAUGCAGCACUACCGCCUCGGCCCUAACGGGGCGAUCCUGACCUCGCUGAAUCUCUUCGCAACCAAGUUCGGCGACGUGCUUCAGCUGCUCGAGCAGCGACGCCACACUCACGACGUCAUUCUCGUGGACACGCCAGGCCAAAUUGAAGUCUUCACGUGGUCCGCCAGCGGCGCCAUCAUCCUCGAGAGCUUGAGCGCGACCCUGCCGACCUGCGUCUGCUACGUCCUCGACACGCCGCGGUGCACUCGCCCCAUCACCCUCAUGAGCAACAUGCUCUACGCAUGCAGCGUCCUCUACAAAGCCAAACUCCCGUUCGUCGGAUGCUUCAACAAGACCGACGUCGCUCACCACGCCGUCUGCCAGGAGUGGAUGACCGACUACGACGCCUUCCAGGAGGCGUUGCUGACGGACGACAGCUACUUGGCGAGUCUAAGUCGCUCGAGUGCGCUCAUGUUGGUAGAAUUUUACCGCGUCAUCCAGACUGUGGGCGUCUCGUCAACAACCGGUCAGGGCAUGUCUGACAUGGUGAAGCAGCUGGAACGGUGUGCAGAGGAAUACCAAACGGAUUUUCUCCCGUUCUUCGAGCAACAGAAGAAGGCGAAAGAAGAGCGGCAGCGCGAAUCGGCGACCCAAGAGUUUGCGCAAUUCAAACGCGACUACGAUCCUGCGGUCAAGGCUGCGGCGCUGGCCGCAGCCGUUGCCUCUUCGGCCGUGAGCGCGCAGACACGCAGCAAUGGUGCCCCUGAAGCCCGAGAGACAGGGCCUAUGCAUCCAGCGGCGCCCGACAACAGUGCCCACGCCGCGAGCUCCAAAGCAGGAGAAGAAGGCCUCAAGCGAGAAGCCAAUAGUGAUUCGAGGAGCGCCUUUGGAGGAAUUGUGCAUGCGGGCGACAGGAGGCCCGCGGAGGGAGGGGUGCGACAACCGAGGCGGAUGCCCAAGCUUCUGUUUGCAUUCAACACAUUUGUGAAUAUUUAUGAUAGGCUGAGUCCGAAGUGCGCUUAA